GGGGGAACUGUCAACUCGCACCAGGAUGAGAAUCUGUACACUCGGGGUGGCCCCAUGGGGCAUGGUGGACAACAGGGAGGACCUCAUCAGCCCUGACGAUAUAAAGCAGUAUCACACCAUGGUGGACCCGCUCAGUAAGGGUGCCAUCCUGAACAGUUAUCACACACACUUCCUGCUGGUGGAUAACGGCUCGGUCGGCAGGUACGGAGCAGAGAAGGACCUCAGGAAACACCUGGAGAGGCACAUCUCUCAGCAGAGGAUAUCCAUCAGACAUACGAAGGGAGUACCAGUGGUGUGUGUGGUAGUGGAGGGAGGUCCUAACGUGAUCCACACGGUGUGUGAGUACACCAAGGAGGUUCCGCCCGUCCCUGUGGUAGUUUUGGACGGCAGCGGCCGGGCAGCCGACCUCCUGGCCUUCACACACAAAUAUGCCAAGGAAAACGGAACCAUGGUGAGCGCUCUGCGGGACCAGCUCCUGGCCACUAUCGAGACCAUCUUCAGCUACUCCCACGAGCAGGCACAGCAUCUCUUCAUCGUCCUCAUGGAGUGUGUCAAGAAAAAGGAACUGAUCACAGUGUUCCGGCUAGAUGACCAGAAGGAGUGUCAGGACAUUGACUUGGCCAUUCUGACUGCUCUGCUGAAAGGCCAGCGGCUGUCAGCUCCAGAACAGCUGAACUUGGCCCUGACCUGGGACAGAGUCGACAUCGCGCGCAGCCAGAUAUUUGUCUACGGACAGAAAUGGCCGCCUCACAAGAAGGUUGGUUCCCUGGAGCAGGCCAUGAUGGAUGCACUGGUGAAUGACAGGGUGGAUUUCGUGCAGCUUCUGUUGGAGAACGGAGUCAGCAUGCAGAAGUUCCUCACUAUAGCCAGGCUGGAGGAACUAUACAACACUAAACAAGGUCCAAGCAAUACACUACACUACCUUGUUAGGGAUGUGAAAAAGAACAUGACGAGUAACUCCAGGUACAACCUUAUCGACAUCGGGCUGGUGAUAGAGAAGCUGAUGGGUGGAGCCUACCGCUGUGCCUACACACGCAAGAAGUUCAGACUGCACUAUGCACAGACCACUCAGAAGAAGUCGUUCCAACCCCUUUCCCACUUCUAUCAGUUUUCUCAUAAGUACCUGAGCCGAGCGAUUUCCUCUGAGCUGACCAGCGUGAAGAUCGAGCACGACGCGGUCCCGCCCAAGCCCACCUUCCAGUACCCGUUCCACGAACUGUUCGGCUGGGCCGUCCUCAUGAAGAGGCAGAAGAUGGCCCUCUUCUUCUGGAAGCAGGGAGAGGAAGCACUAGCAAAGGCACUGUGUGCCAGUAAGUUGUACAAAGCCAUGGCGUAUGAAGCAGCCGAGGAUGACCUUGACCCUGACAUCUCGGAGGAACUACGACAGAACUCCAAGAAGUUCCAAAACUUGGCCUUACAACUGCUGGAUCACUGCUACCGCCAAGACGACACCAAAGCUAUGCAGUUGCUGACCUACGAGCUGAAGUACUGGAGCAAGCAGACGUGCCUGAGCUUGGCUGUGGCGGCGAACCAUCGGGAGUUCAUCGCACACACCUGCUGCCAGGUGCUGCUCAGCGACAUGUGGAUGGGAGGCCUGCAGAUGAGGAAGAGCAGUGGCCUGAAGGUACUGCUCAGCAACAUGUGGAUGGGCGGCCUGCAGAUGAGGAAGAGCAGCGGCCUUAAGGUCAUAAUGGGUAUCCUGUGCCCGCCAACCAUCCUGACCCUGGAGUUCAAAUCGCGGGAAGAGUUACAGCUCAUGCCUCAGACCAUCGAGGAACACAUCCUGGACCUGCAGGAGGAUUCUGUCUCAGUGUUUGACAGCGACAACGACAGCGAAGACUCCAACAUGGCUGAUAGUCUUAGUUCUGACGACCUUCUACCCCCGUCCAAUGGUCCCCAAACAAAGAAUGCAGAUGACACGAUAGACCUGGCCAACAUCUCGGCGGCUGCCCAGAGGAAGAUGGGAAUCGAUGAGGAAAUCCUUGCAGUGCUGAACGCGCCGGUCGUGGAGACCAAGAAGAGCUCUCUCAGGCUCGGCAAGAAGAUCUACGAGUUCUACAAUGCUCCAAUCACCAAGUUCUGGGUCCACACCAUGGCGUAUGUUGUGUUCCUGAUGCUGUUUAACUACGUUGUGCUGGAGAGAACCGAGCCAUUCCCGGGCUGGGAGGAGUGGUACAUCAUCGCCUACAUCGUCACACUGGCUGUGGAGAAAGUCAGGGAGAUCCUUGUGUCUGAGCCCAGUAAGCUGACCCAGAAGUUCUGGGUUUGGUGGGACGACAACUGGAACCGCUGUGACACCAUCGCUAUCCUCGCUUUCCUCGUGGGCGUGGGGCUCAGGUUCCAUGAGCCGACCAUCCCGUAUGGUCGUGUUCUCUACUGUGUGGACAUCAUCUUCUGGUACAUCCGACUGCUGGACAUACUCUCUGUCAACAAGUACCUCGGUCCCUAUGUCAUGAUGAUAGGCAAAAUGAUGGUGGACAUGCUGUAUUUCGUCAUCAUCAUGCUGAUUGUGCUGAUGAGUUUCGGAGUCGCCCGACAAGCCAUCCGCAACCCCAACGAGGACCCCUCAUGGAUCAGUGCCAAAAACAUCUUCCUGGAGCCAUACUUCAUGCUGUAUGGGGAGGUCUACGCUGGGUCUAUAGAUCCGCCGUGUGGACUGAAGAACGAGGACGGCAGCCCGCAGACAGACAGGGACGGUAACCCGAUACCUGACUGCAUCCCCGGAGCCUGGAUAACUCCCGCCAUCAUGACUCUGUACCUCCUGGUGGCCAACAUUCUUCUCAUCAACCUUCUCAUCGCUGUCUUCAACAACACGUUCUCUCAGAUCAAGGCUAUCUCCAACCAGGUGUGGAAGUUCCAGCGUUUCCACCUGAUCAUGGAGUACGAACAGCGGCCGAUGCUGCCCAUGCCCCUCACCAUCCUCUACCACAUCUACAUGCUGCUGAAGUACCUGGUCUGCGUGUGCUCAAGGUGCAGGCACAACAACCUCUACAGCGACAAGGGACUCAAGCUGUUCCUGUCAGAUGAUGAUGUGGAGAGACUUCACGACUAUGAGGAGGAGUGUGUGGAGGAAUACUUCAGGGAGAAGGAAGACGCCUACGGGUCAUCGACCAAUGAAAGGAUCAGGAUAACACAGGACACAGUGGAGCACAUGUCAAUGCGUGUGGAUGAGGUCCAUGAGAAGGAGGGUGCGGUGAAGGUCUCCCUGACAUCGCUGGAACAGCGGUUGGCCCGGCUGGAGAACGCCUCGGCCGUAACCACGACAACGCUGCAGCGGCUGGAGAUGUACCUCUCGCGCCUGGACAGCCAAGCCUCCAGCCUGGCCAGCAUCAAGGCAUCGGCUAUAGGCCUGGUGGGGUCAUCGCCCGGGUCUCCGGAGAAGGGCGCUGGAUUCUACGCCUACGUCAACACCAGUGAGGAAAACCUCAAACGACAGGAAGAGUCUCGGGAGAAGAGCUGGAAGAGGUCGGGAUCGGUGUCGGGCAUCGAGAGGCUGGCUGUGGGACAGUCUGGGCUGGGCAGCCCUCCAGCCGUGCGCAGGAGACCUGUACAGAAGAUGGCGUCAGACUCCAUCACUCUAACAUGCAGACCUGCAGUACCAACUGCAGAAGACAGGGGGAGCUCCAGAGAUGUGGUGCCAAAGUUCUACAUCGGUGGUUCCCUGAGCGAUGAUGAUGAUGAUGCACAGACCCCCUCCUCGCAGGCGGCCCUGCUUCCCUCCCAGCGGCUGAGGCACGAGUCGAGCGACGUUUCGACGGACGACGGCUCGACGCUCUCGUCCCGGUUCCACCGUCAGAAGUCCAUCAGCACGGAGGACAUCGCCCGCUGCUCACCGCGCCGUGCCAAGCCCGCCUUCCACCCAGACGACCCCAUCAUCCCGUCCAUCGUUGCCAACACAAGGCCGGCCCAGGGGCAGUACACCAGCAUCACUGACUCCAUCGACACCACGUGUCUGUCUGACCACUCCAACCACUCCCAGUCCCCCCUCUCACCCAUCGAGCUGCCAAGAUUCCCCAAGGACUUCAAGUUCGACAUGGCCAGGUACAGCGCAGAGAACCACGCGGACGGUGAGGACACCCAGACCACGGCCAUCCGGCACGCAGAGGAGAGCGACAUCGAACUGAGCGAGCUGGCCAACCGCACCUGGAAGCUGUCCAACAACGCCACCCCUCGGCUCAAGAACAAUAAUAUUUAUCAGUGGCUGAGAUGUUCCAAACCUGCAGCGAUGCUGGCGACAGUUGUGCUGUCUGCUGUUCUCCUGCACCUGACCCGUCACCAUCCAGCUGCCCAGGCCUGCCCCGCGCCCUGCCGAUGCCUGGAGGACACCGCCGCCGUCCACUGCGAGGCGAAGAGCCUGACGAGAGUCCCUCACUCCAUCCCCUUCAGCACGAGAAAACUGUUCCUGGACUCCAACAAGAUAUCCGAGGUUACUAGCGGAGAUUUCCUGCCUCUGGGCAGCCUGACGCAGCUAUAUUUCACUGCUAACCACAUCACACGGAUCGCGUACGGAGCUUUCAGCCCUCUUUCUCUUCUGACGUAUCUCGACGUGCAAAACAACCGCAUGUCUGUCAUUCGCUCCGGCAUGUUCGCUGGACUAAAGUCGCUGAAGCGGCUGAUUCUGUCGUCCAACAUGAUCCGUAACAUCGACGACGGAGCCUUCAACGAUCUGUCCAGCAUUGAGAACCUGGAUCUGUCCGACAACGACAUGGUCGUGGUCAACUCGGGCAUGUUCGUGGGGCUCCACAACCUGGAGAACCUCGACAUGAGCUACAACAACAUCAGCAUCAUCAGGAGCAACUCCUUUCGCCACCUGGUGAAGUUAUCCUUUCUGAAUCUCAACAACAACCGCUUGACUAACAUCAAGCCGAAGACUUUCGUUGGGUUAGAGGUUCUGGAUAACCUGCGAUUAGAGCAGAACAGCAUCGUCAAGAUCACAAACGGAGCCUUCCGGCCGCUGGAGAAGCUUUCCACGCUCAGUCUGCGAAGCAAUCGGCUAAAAAUCAUCACAACCGGCAUGCUGGAGGGUUUGGAAAACCUGAAACAGCUGGAACUCUUCAUCAACAGGAUCGGCAGGAUAGAAGACGGCGCGUUCCGCCAUCUUGUCAACCUGCGGAUUCUGUGGCUGGACUGGAACAAGUUGUCGGAAGUGUCGCCGCAGACCUUCUCCGGUCUGACCAGGCUGGACUCCCUGACGCUGAACAACAACAACCUGUCGCGGAUCCACCCCGGUCUGUUCCAGGCGCUCCCCGGCCUGACGAAAGUCCGCCUGACUUCCAACCCUUGGAACUGUAACUGCGGCCUAGUGGAGCUCUGGAGCUGGAUGCAGGACACAAAUGUGACCUACAGAACACCGAGAUGCGCCUCUCCUCCGGCCCUCAAACACUUCCCCAUAGUGAACGUCAGUCUGUCCGAGUUUAACUGUGUCCCUACGGAGGAGCCUGGCACCACAGUCAGCUACACCGACACGGACUCCAACAGCGGGAACUUUGUGGUUGAGUCUGGUGGAGACUAA